UACAGUAUAUCAUAUGACAGAGAGGAUUCUCUCUCUGAUGAUAAUAAGUGGAGAAUUCCAGUACCGUUAUCUUUCACUCAACUCUAAAUGUUCUUGAGGGAUCAGUACAGAACGGCCUUGCUUGCGAUCAAGUCGAAAACGUCUACAUUUUUCGGCUCUUUGAUCUGUCAAUUGUUACUUAACGGAAUUAAUAAUUUCCGCGUCAUUUGACAUCGAUCAUCGGACGAAAUCUAGCAAACGCCAGCAGAAUGCCGAAGGACAAAGGUUGCAAGAGUUGCGACGGUCCUGGCUAUAGGUCACCUAGUGCAGCGAUGCUCGAAGGACCACGUGAGAAAUUGAUAUACGUCGCCUGUGUUCAUACGGAUCAAAAUAAAUCCGAUGUCCUGUGCACCGUUGACGUAGAUCCGGAUAGUCCCGAUUAUUGUAAGAUCGUUCACAAAUUGCGAAUGCCCUACAUUGGCGACGAAUUGCAUCAUUCCGGAUGGAAUAUCUGUAGCAGUUGCCACGGUGUACCACGAAAACGGGACACCUUGGUACUUCCUUGUCUGGUGUCUGAUCGCGCCUACUUUAUCGAUACAACCAAUGAACGGGCUCCAACAAUCAAAAAGGUACUGAGCCCAACGGAGGUACACAAAUACGGAGUAUCGACAUUGCACACAAGUCACUGUUCGCCAACCGGAGAAAUUUUAAUUUCCACGCUAGGCAAAUCGAAUGGAGACGCUACUGGUGACUUUCUCUGUAUCGAUUCCGAAACACUCGAAGUGAAAGCCACAUGGACCAUGGGAGAAAAAAAAGCAGCGUUUGGUUACGAUUUUUGGUAUCAACCGUAUCACGAUACACUUGUUGCAAGUGAAUGGAGCGUGCCUAGAAUUUUUAAAAAAGGCUUCUCUCCGGAUAACAGCUCCAAUCCUACGCUUUAUGGCAGAAGCUUGAAUUUCUAUUCGUGGAACGAAAGAAAGUUAAAGCAAGUUUUGAAUUUGGGCGAUGAUGGAAUCGCGCCACUUGAAAUACGAUUUCUUCAUGACCCAAAAGCUAACGUGGGACUCGUCGGAUGUGCGAUAUCUUCAAAUGUAUAUAAGUUUUACAAAAUGCCGAACGGCGAAUGGGCUGCAAAAAAAAUUAUUCAAGUUCCUCCGAAAAAAGUGGAAGGAUGGAUGUUUCCAGAGAUGGAAGGAAUGAUAACGGACAUUUUGAUCAGUCUCGACGACAAGUAUCUCUACCUAUCGAAUUGGUUUCAUGGGGAUGUUAGACAAUAUGAUAUUUCUGACAUGGAUAAUCCGAAGUUAACCGGACAAAUAUUUCUUGGAGGCUCAAUUUUAAGUGAUUCGAAAGUUCGUGUAAUUGGAGACGAGGAAUUAAGUAGCCAACCGAAUCCAGUUCAUGUCAAAGGCCGGAGACUCGACGGAUCACCGCAGAUGCUUCAAUUAAGUCUCGAUGGGACACGUCUAUAUGUGACUACUUCUAUUUUCAAACCAUGGGACCAACAAUUUUAUCCUGAACAUGUCAAAAAUGGUUCGACCAUGGUCAAGCUAGAUGUUGAUGUUCAAAAUGGAGGCUUGAAACUCGAUGAACAAUUUUUGGUGGACUUUGGCACAGACAAAAAUGACAUUUUACUUGCACACGAAAUGCGCUAUCCAGGAGGUGACUGUACAUCAGAUAUAUGGCUGGCGGAAGAUUAAUCUACUCGUCCAUCGACAAUAUAUAUUUUCAUUUUAAUAAAUAAUAUUUUAGAUGCUUAGCAAAGUAUCAGUGGUACAUAUAAUCUUCUAAUACACUGAAAUACUUUACAAAUAUGAUUGCCUUUGCGCUACGUUUUAUCUCAAUUAUGUUUUGUAAUCAAAUGUUAUAUAAAUAUUAACAAUUCUAAGAGCGAAUAUUUUCUUUUAACCUGUCAGAAAAAUUGUUUUUUUACUAAUUAUUAAUAUUAGAAAUACAUUUUAUAGGAUAAUUUAUAGAUUAGAAAGAAAAGUAUAUAAUCCACUAAAAUUUUAUACUAAAAAUAAAUACUGCAUUUAUUUGAACGAAACUUAAGUUAAUGUCUGAUUCUUACUAUAAACACGAAAAAUUAUAGAUAGUGCAGAAAGUUAUGGAUUCCUAAAUGGACUGUGAUAAA